AAUACGUGUUUGUUUAUUGGUUUGGCCAAAAUGCCGAACGACGUGGUGUUCGGCGUGAACGAAAAAUGGCGCAUCAACCGCAACAUCUUUGUGCUGGGGUUCGCGUUCAUGGUUCAGUUCACCGCGUUUCAUGGCGCGGCGAAUUUGCAGAGCUCCGUGAACAGUGACGCCGGCGCGGGAGCGUUUACCCUGGCUGCGAUAUAUUUCUCGCUGAUAUUGUCGAAUAUACUGCUGCCUGCUGUGGUUAUCAGAUGGCUGGGCUGCAAGUGGACAGUGACCCUAUCCUUCUUGGCAUACAUGCCGUUCAUAGCGGCGCAGUUCUACCCCCGGCUCUACACGCUGGUGCCAGCUGGCAUGAUGGUCGGUUUCGGCGGUGGGCCGCUAUGGUGUGCCAAAUGCACCUACUUGUCUGUGGUAGCUGAGCCCUAUGCACGGCUGUCGGGAGUCCCAGCUGACGUGCUGGUGGUGCGGUUCUUCGGGCUCUUCUUCAUGUUCUACCAGAUGGCGCAGAUCUGGGGAAAUCUCAUCUCUUCAGCCAUUUUGUCAUCAUCGCUUGGUGAGGUGGUUUCAUACACCAAUGAAACAAUAGCGCCGACUGCGGCAGCGUUGGUCAGCAACAUCACUUCAACCAAAGUCGACUUCGGUUCUACCUGUGGAGUCAACUUCUGUAGCGGCAGUGAGGCGCAUGGGAACGCGAACCUUCAACCACCAUCGCCUCUAAAGAUCCAAGUGAUAUCUGGCGCGUACCUGGCGUGUAUGGCGUUCGCCGUGAUCUUAGUCGCUUUUGGCGUGGACUCUCUUAAAAGGUAUAGCACCAAAAGAUCGUGUGAAGGCAAAUCUGGACUAAAGCUUCUGGCGGUGACGCUCAAGCAGCUGCGGCACCGCUACCAGCUGCUUUUACUGCCUGUCAUCGGAUACAUCGGCGCUGAGCAGGCGUUCAUGGCUGCAGACUUCACCCAGGCAUUCGUCGGCUGCGCAUACGGCAUCAGCAACAUCGGCUACGUGAUCAUCUGCUUCGGCGUGUUCAAUGCGCUUGCGGCGCCCAUCGCCGGCGCCGUCGUCAAGGUGACCGGGCGGUACCCUGUUAUGGUCACUGCUUUGUUGCUGAACAUCGUUCUGCUGACUGCGCUGAUUCUCUGGCGUCCGGACCCUGAGAACUGGCUGGUGUUCUACCUCCUGGCUGCUAUAUGGGGGACUGCAGAUGCUGUGUGGCUUGUGCAGGUCAAUGCUCUCUCUGGAAUAUUGUUCCCUGGCAAUGAAGAAGCCGCGUAUUCCAACUUCAGGCUUUGGGAGGCCACCGGCAGUGUUCUAUCCUAUGCCACGGCCCCAUAUCUUUGCGUAAGAACGAGGCUGUACGUCCUCGUAUGCUUCCUUCUCCUGGGCUUCACCGGGUACACCACCAUCGAGCUGAUGGAAUACCGCGUCAAGCGCGCCCACCAGCUCGAGAGGAACUUCGAACUGGUUGACAAGAAGGGGGACGAUUGAGGCAAUCAUAGUUAGACCAAGAUAAGUCUGCAACGAUUUUGACAGCACACGCAUCAAUGGCCACUGCAUCCCUGACGGAUGAUUGUUGCAACGCCGUGUCAAGAGCGGUUGAGACGUCCAAUGCAUUUACGCCUAGUGCAAGUGUUAUUUAUAUGUCAAAAUUUCAUAGAAGUAGACUUCUUGGUCUAACUCUACCAGUGUAUUCGGAUAUAAUAUUGACAUACAGAUGUAGUGAAUAAUCAUUUACCAUCGUAUUUUCACGGAAACGCACGAACAGUGGCGUAGCGUGAACUAAGUAAUCUACGUGGGCGAAGCCACUGCGAGACCCUUUUCAAUGUGUAUUCCCAAGGUAAUAAAAAGGUUGGCUUUGUGAGGCCCCUAGGCCCCUAUAAGUGCAAGGCCGUGUGCGAGGGCUCCAUUCGCUAUUUCAGUCAGUCUCUGUACAAAAAAAAUAAAAAACCGGCCAAGUGCGAGUCGGACUUGCGUUUCUAGGGUUCUGUACAUAAGUCCGACUCACGCUUGACUGCAUAUUUCUAAUAGGUUUUCCUGUCAUCUACAGGUAAAGAACUAUUUUGUGUUUUUUUCAAAAUUUUAGACCCAGUAGUUUCGGAGAUAAAGAGGGGGGAAUGGUCAUUUUUUGGCUAUUUUCUUUAAUAACUUCGAACCUAUGUAUUUUAAAAUUAUAAAAAAACACGUCUAUCUUUGGGUCACUAAUUUACAUAUGUGUACCAAAUUUCAACUUAAUUGGUCCAGUAGUUUCCGAGAAAAUAGGCUGUGACAGACGGACAGACAGAUAGACGCACGAGUGAUAAGGGUUCCGUUUUUUCCUUUUGAGGUACGGAACCCUAAAAAUACUGAAAUUGACUGAAGUAGCAUGACAAAUAUUCGCGGCCGUUUCCGAGAAAUUACGAUGGCAAAGGAUUAUUCACUACAUCUGUAACCAUGGCAACGAGUGACACUAAAAAGUUGAAUAAUAUACAUAUAGUGAUAGUGAUAGAUAUCGCUAGUGAGUUAAAUAUCAUAUUAUUUCUGUAUUAUACUCAGACUUAAGGUAGAUUACCUACGUAUUUUAAGACGGUAAAAUUUAAUAUGUGUAUAUUGUUUUAUAGGAAAAUAAGAAUAAAACAACAUACGUAUCUCAAUAUUCAUCAUUUUAAUUCUUUCCACAUAAAAUCGGACCCAAAUGUCCGUAAACAGAUAAACAAGCACUUUCAUAAACUAAGUACAAUGCGAAGAAACAAGUGACUAAUACCUUGUUAAACAUAAUUAUUCUAAUAAUAACAUAAUACAAGUCUUUGAGUUAUCAGACACUGUACCGCCAUUCAAACGACGCAUUCAAUAUGUUUCCAAUUUAGCAUUGCUAUUUUGAACGGCAGUGUAAAUAUUAACACUAGCUGUCUUGCUUUAAUGACGCUAUUUAGAAGGGGAUAGUGAUGUUAAUAUAGAGCGUCUGUCCCUCUCCUGCGACACGAGUCCAGGAUA